AAACUUAAUUCGUUGUGUUAUUUUCCCAAAAUUAUUUUGCUAAAGGAAAUGCUGUAGAUACGAAAUCUCGUUUGCAACGUGAGGUCAAGGGGAAGCCAUAUUGGAUUUAGACGUGAACUAACCAGAAACUCACUCUCAACAAAAAUGAGUUUCUUUGGUUUUGGUCAGAGUGCGGAAGUAGAUAUUAUUUUAGAUGGCCAAGACUCUAGAAAAACAGCAGAAAUCAAAACAGAAGAUGGCAAAAAAGAAAGAUAUUAUUUAUAUUUUGAUGGUGAAACAGUGUCUGGAAAGGUGAAUGUUACCUUAAAGAAACCAGGAAGUAAACUAGAACAUCAGGGAAUUAAAAUAGAAUUUAUUGGUCAAAUAGAAUUAUAUUAUGAUAGAGGUAAUCAUCAUGAGUUCACAUCACUUGUUAAAGAGCUGGCCAGACCUGGAGAGCUUGUACAAAACACAAAUUAUAAUUUUGAAUUCCAGCAAGUGGAGAAACCAUAUGAGUCUUACACAGGAGCUAAUGUUAGAUUACGCUAUUUUUUAAGAGUAACAAUAGUUAAACGUCUCAGUGAUGUGGUAAAAGAGCAAGAUAUAAUUGUACAUACAUUAUCACAUUACCCAGAAAUGAACAAUAGUAUUAAAAUGGAAGUUGGUAUAGAAGAUUGUUUGCAUAUAGAAUUUGAAUAUAACAAGUCAAAGUAUCAUUUAAAAGAUGUUAUAGUUGGGAAGAUUUAUUUUCUACUAGUUCGAAUAAAAAUCAAGCACAUGGAGAUUCAAAUAAUUAAACGAGAGACAACAGGAACAGGUCCAAAUACAUUUAAUGAAAACGAAACUAUCGCUAAAUAUGAAAUAAUGGACGGUGCACCAGUAAGAGGUGAAUCAAUACCUAUUCGUUUGUUUUUAAGUGGUUAUGAAUUGACUCCUACAAUGAGAGAUAUUAAUAAGAAGUUUUCAGUACGAUAUUAUCUUAAUUUGGUGCUAGUAGAUGAAGAAGAGAGGCGGUAUUUUAAACAACAGGAAAUCACCAUUUUUAGACGAUCAGACAAAAAUAGGAAAACCUACCAAGCAACUGCUCAUCAUCCAACAAGGGAAAGAAAACCUGACCCCGAACCAGAACCCGAAGAAAAUUCUGUUGACACAGAAAAGUGAAAUUUAAGAAAUAUUUUAGACAUUUAAAGACUUCCAGACUUGUUGUGAAAUAUUAAUGAUAUAUUACUCGAUUGUUUGUCUGGGCUCAUCAUGUGAUAUGUCAGUUUAAUGAAGCAAGAAGAUAAAAAGAAAGAAAUAUUAAGUUUAAGCACAGAUGAAUAAUCAAUGAUUUAAACUACUUUUUGUUUGGAUGAUAAAUGUUUGGUCCUGUCAUUAGUUAGUAGGAAGAAAAACACAGAACAGAAUCAUGCCCCUCCGCCCCCCGGUGUAGAGUAAUCAAAAUAGCAGUAUCUACAACCAAUUCAUUUUAAAUGUAUUUCUCCCAAAAUAUAAAAUAAAACAAUUCCUGGAAAUAGUUAAUAUAGAAUACAACUUGCUAUACUCUAUAUACAUAUAUGAGACACAGUAUGAAUGGAAGUCUGAUGGAAGUAUAAUAGGUUAAUGCUAGUCUUAUGUAGGUUCACUGAGAACCCCAUGUGAUAUGAUCAUAACUACUUGUUUCCAUAUACUAUAGCUAUCUACUAUUUUAUCACAUUGCUGUAAAAUACAGCUACGGGAUUUGUUUGGCUCCCAAUAGUAUUUCUGCCACAUAUAAACUAAUCUUAUAUUAUUUGAUGAUUUCAUAGUUGUUUUAGUGUGUAAAAUAGAAGAAAGUCAUUUGAUAUGAUAAUAAUUUAGUUUUGAUGAAUAUCACUUUUUACUCAUUUCAUCAUUGUAUCUUCUAAUAAUUAAAGAUUUAACUACAACCCAAGACUAUAACACAUAUGUAAAAAGUCAACUGAACAAAUAGGCUGUUCCUAACUUCAUGCUCUACAGGUAAGAGACAAUCUGCUGGAGAGAUUUCCCCUGAGUGCUGGUGACAAGCCCCAACUGAUUGAUAACCUUUUUAUUGUUAGCUUUAUAACAUGCCUUUGUGUUAUAAUUCGGCUAUAAAACAAUGGAGAAUAGUCAUUGGAGUAUGCAGGAUAUUUAGCUCAGCAUUGUUUGUGUGAAUGAUAAUAGGUGUACUGACUGAAAGGGUUAUGGUUAGAUUGAUUAAAUAAUAAAGAUUAUUAAUAGAAACAAUGAGUAUAUAUUAUGGUGAUAAAAAACACAUACUAUGUUACAUAGAAAGUCGUACAUAAAUUAUAUAAAUAAGCAAUCCUGUAUAAUGUAUUCAGUAAUAUGGUCAAUAUCUAUUUAAUAAAUCUUUAAUUUACUACACAUAGUGUAGUAAAAAUACUAUAAAAUAUUUUGUAAAUAGAAACUUUCCUUAAUAUUAUUAAUAAUUUGACUGUACAUUGUUAUUGUAUAUUGUAAAAUACUUUUAAUAUUAGAUUCUGCAGGAUUUUUAUUUCAAUCAUCACUGUUACAUUACAUCUAUCGCUCCUCUUCACCUUUCUUUAAAAUGGACCAUAGUUUAAGAGUUAAUAUGCUCGCAGAGUGGAUUUCUAUUUCAACUGUUCUUUUCUUUAGUAUAUUUAACCAGCUUGAUAUGUAAUAGGAAUAUGUUAUUUGUUAUUGUUACUUUUGUAGUUGAUGUGUAUAUUUGGAUUUUUUUAUUGUAAGUUGUAAUAAUUUGAAUAUUUUGUUGAUGAAUUAUUUCUGUUCAUGCCCAACAGUAGAAAACAACGAUAGUUUUAAAUUUGUAGAAAUCACAAGAAGCUAAAUAGCUAUCAACCAAAUUUCUAUUCUUGGACUGACACACGAAUGUAAUGAAAUAUGUGUGUGUACAUGUUUUUGUUGAGGGUACAUCAAUUUAUUAAUAGAGUAUAGACAAAGAGCUGAACAUUGUUGAAUUGGGUCAAAGUAAAGUGUUGAAUUGGGUUGAUUUGUUGUGUUAUAUUAUUUAUUAAUGGAGCAAUCUCUAUGUGAUUUGUUUCGAAAGAUAGAGCAAAAGUUGGUUUGUUUGCCAAAUCUAGUUUCAUUUUUGGCUUUAUUGUUGACUGUUGAACAGUCAGUUAUAUCUCAACAUAAGCUUUAUUUACAGGUGUAAAAUUUUGGACAAGGGCAGAUGCUCAUCUCAUCUCACAAAACAAACACAAACGAAAUCAAAUUGACAAUUUUAUUUUUGGCCCCAAUCAAAGAGUUUUAGUUUUAAUUAUUAGUUUAUUAGCAACCAUUCAAAUUAUACAAAGUGCUAUUGUGACAUUCCUGUGUAAUUAUUCUUGUUGAACAGUUUUAAGUGCAAUGUAUAAUAGGUUCUAUGUACCAUUUCUAUAAAUUGGUAAAAAGCAACAUUGUCAGCGAAACCUAAGUCUAAAGUGUACCAAGGAUAUUAUUUAAAAAAUUAUAACCAGAGAGUAACAAAUGACUGGGGUAAAAAAAAAUCCUCUAAAUUUAGAGAGGCUGUUGUGUUUGAAGAAAGAUACAAUCUACAUUCAAGAUAUAGUUCCUUGUUUAAUUCAGCUUUUUAGAAAUACGUUAAAGGAGAAAAUAAUGUACAUUCUUAUGGUAUGUUUGAUAAACCCCAACACACAAUUUCCUAGAGAGUUUCUAUAUUUUAUGUAUACGUUCUUUGCUUUCAAAAACAUACAGUUGUUAAUAAAUAGCAAGAAUAUGUAGUGUAAAGCAGUAACUUCAUAUAGCUAUAUAUAUAAUGAAAUUGUUAACAUUAAGAUGGAAGUUUUAAGAACUUGUAUAUAGAACAAAAACUUGUUAGUUUUUUUUUCAUUCAUAACAAAAUUAUUAUAUGUACAUGUAUCAGUAAUACUGUAAAAUAAAGAAAUCCUAUAAUUUA